GAGGAUUGUCGAAGGUGAAGAAGCCAUGUCUCUAUUUAAGCCCUUCACCCACUCCAGUUGUAUUCAAUCAGCUUCUAGCUGUUACCUACUAAAGUUAAAAGGGUAUUGAAAAUUAGCAACAAACACGAACACCCAUCUCUUCAACCUAUCUCAAAAUCCCCUGCAUUUUUUCAAUCCCUAAGAAUCUGAUUUAAGAUUCAAUGGAGAAACAGGGCAGGCUUCCACUGAUUUUUGCAGCUCUCGCUUUUCUGACCCUUUCUUUGGUAAAUGCUGAUGACCCAUAUAGGUUUUACACUUGGACAGUUACAUAUGGGACUAUUUCUCCUCUGGGUGUUCCUCAACAGGUAAUCCUUAUAAACGGUCAGUUCCCGGGCCCCAAAUUGGAAGUUGUGACCAAUGACAAUAUCAUCCUUAAUCUUAUCAACAAGCUAGAUGAGCCUUUCUUGCUUACUUGGAAUGGGAUCAAGCAAAGGAAGAACUCAUGGCAAGAUGGAGUUCUUGGGACCAACUGCCCCAUUCCUCCAAACUCCAAUUAUACUUAUGCCUUCCAAACCAAAGAUCAGAUUGGAUCCUUUGCAUACUUCCCUUCCACUCAGUUUCACAAAGCUGCUGGUGGGUUUGGAGCCCUGAAUGUCUACCAGCGACCGAGAAUUCCGAUUCCGUAUCCUAUUCAAGAUGGGGAUUUUACUCUACUUAUUGGUGAUUGGUACAAGAACAGUCACAAGUCCCUGCAAGAAUCUCUAGAUGCAGGAAGAUCUCUUCCCUUACCUGAUGGUGUCCUUAUAAAUGGCCAAACUCAUAGUACCUUCAGUGGUGAUCAAGGUAAAACUUACAUGUUCAGAAUCUCAAAUGUGGGAUUGUCAACAUCUCUUAACUUCAGGAUUCAGGGACAUAAACUGAAGUUGGUAGAGGUGGAAGGAUCUCAUACUCUCCAGAAUUUAUACGACUCUCUUGAUGUACAUGUCGGUCAAUCCUUAUCGGUUCUAGUCACCCUAGACCAGGUUCCAAAGGACUACUAUAUCGUUGCGUCGACACGAUUUACAAAAAUUGUUCUCACAGCAACAGCAGUGUUACACUAUUCAAAUUCCCACUCCCCUGUUUCUGGACCUCUGCCUGCUGGUCCUACCAUUGAAGUAGACUGGUCAGUGAAGCAAGCCAGAACUUUCAGGUGGAACUUAACAGCAAAUGCAGCAAGGCCUAAUCCUCAGGGUUCGUUCCACUAUGGGAAGAUAAUCCCAACAAAGACGAUCGUUUUGGCGACAUCCGCUCCUUUAAUUAAUGGAAAGCAACGCUACGCUAUUAACAGGGUCUCAUUUGUUAAUUCCGAUACCCCUCUAAAGCUUGCUGAUCACUUCAACAUCCCUGGUGUUUUCUCUGUGGAUUCCCUCCAGAGCCUUCCCUCUGAUGGCCCUGCCUUCGUUGCUACUUCUGUACUGCCAACAUCUCUCCACGAUUUCGUCGAAAUUGUCUUCCAGAACAACGAGAAUACCAUGCAGUCCUUUCACCUCGACGGUUACGAUUUCUGGGUGGUUGGGUACGGCUAUGGACAGUGGACUCAAGCCAGCAGAAACUCCUACAACUUAGUCGACGCUCUUACGAGACACACCGCUCAGGUGUAUCCUAAUUCAUGGACAACCAUAUUGGUGUCUUUGGACAACCAAGGAAUGUGGAAUUUGAGGUCUGCAAUGUGGGAAAGACAGUAUCUUGGCCAACAAUUCUAUCUCAGAGUCUGGACUCAAACUCAGAGCCUUGCCAAUGAAUAUGGCAUCCCUUCAAACGCCUUGUUAUGCGGUAAGGCCGUGGGGCGACGUUGGUAAAUCUCGCAUCUCACUGUCUCUUAUUUCUUAGUCAUGAGAGUUUGACUACAUAACAUGGGAGGAAGGAGGGAGAGAAUGUAGGGGCAAAGAAAUAGAAUGGAUUUACCUUAUUCUUUUGAUGGGUUGGGAAAUUUCACUUGUAUUGUUGUUAUUUUAAAGUGGCACAAUCAAGUCAAUGCUGUAUCAAAUUUCAAUUUAUAGCUUACAAGAAUAUGAAGCUAUUUGUUCCAAGAUCACCCUUUUCUUUUCCUUCUCUAGGAAAUGCUUAAGAGGAUCAAGUUUGGGUGUAGAUAAUGUUCCUUUUAUA